AUGAAGAGUUUUCAUACGGAAAUGGAAGUGGACCAACGGGUCCCGGCAUUGGAAGGCGCCGCUGUUCCCGAUUUGCCGCAAAAGAAAUUCUAUCGGCAACGAGCUCAUUCAAAUCCCCACUCGGAUCAUGACAUCGAAUAUCCAAGAACACCAGAAGAGAUGGACUGGACGAAGUAUUUUGGAGAUUAUGCCGAAGGAAGGCAAGUUGAGUUUGCUGAUAUUGGUUGCGGCUAUGGAGGUCUCCUUAUGAAAUUAUCGCCAAUGUUCCCUGAAACGCUCAUGGUUGGACUAGAAAUACGCGUGAAGGUUUCCGACUUUGUAUCGGAGAAGAUCAAAGCCCUCAGGAUACGCCAUGCAGAUACGAACGGCUUUCGGAAUGUGGCCUGUUUACGUUCCAAUGCCAUGAAAUACUUGCCUAAUUAUUUCAAAAAGCAUCAGCUAUCGAAGAUGUUCUUCCUAUUCCCUGAUCCACACUUCAAGAACAAAAAGCAUAAAUGGCGAAUAAUCACUCCAGGAUUGCUGGCUGAAUAUGCAUAUGUUCUACGGCCAGGAGGUAUGCAUUCUUUCUUGGGCUGUUCGACUGCUUGGUGUUUUGAAUGGGAAAGGGCCUUUUACGGGCUAAGAUAG